GGCAUUCCAGGUCGUCGAUCAGUUGUGCAAGAUCGCUCGAAGAAAUAUGUUGAAUUUGAUCUAGCUGCUGCUGCAGAGUGGUAUUCAAUCUUCCCCGUUUUGUGAGUGCACAGAGUACUUUGUGGAUUUGCAGGCCGAUUAGUGGAAAGUCCAAGUGAUUGAGGAGAAACUCCCGUCUAGUGUGUCCUAAGGAACCUUUUCAACUUUUGGCAUUGCUACUCGGUUCGUGAAUAUCUGUGAUCUCCAAGCGAAAGGAUAGAAAAUUGAAUACUAGUGAUAGCGGAGAGUAUAAGUGCGCGGUGCAAGUUUCUAGUGUCGAAAAUAAUCCAAGAAGUCAUCGAACGGAAUAAUUGGAAGAGAGAAACCAACAAAACAAGAUUAAACCCAACCGAGCGUUUUAAGAUGAGGUCAAUAGUUGUGUGUAUUUCGUUCUUGGUGGCGUUCGUUGCAGGUCAACGUAUCACCACAAUCCAGCUGGAUGGCGUUCAGUACUUCGUUAGUCGGAUGAAUCCAUAUUCGCCCGAGCUGAACUAUUUCCUCGCGUACCAGUACUGCCGCUCGUUGGGUCUGCAGCUGGCCUCGUUCGAAACUAAAGAGAAGGUGGAAUCAAUGACGCAGUACUUGCAGAAUGCUGGCUACAGCAAAUACAAUUUCUGGACGUCUGGCAAUCGAUUGGGCACGGGCAUGUUCCUCUGGAUGAGCACCGGGUUGCCAUUCAAUGCCACCUUUGACUAUUUCGAGAAAUCCACGGAUGCUGCGGCAGGACUGGACCCAUUGGAUCAUAACAGCAACACGUCGCCCCAGCGUACCGCUCGUGACAGUUCUUCUAUUGCAACCCACAGCAGCAGCGGCAUCGAACGAGGAUGCGUCCAUCUGAAGGCUCCCACGCUCCGAUGGGAACCGGAGGACUGUCUGGCGGUGAAAGAUUUUAUUUGCGAGCAGACCAGAUGCUAUUACUACAAUUACGGUAGCAUCCCCGUCUCGUCGGCGCAGGGCCGUCCCAUCACAACCACUUCCAAGACCCCCCAGUCAGCAUCGUCAUCCUACGCGAGCACCACCGUUCGAGUCCAGCCCACGCCGGUUCCUGUGGUUCAUUCUUCAACCACUCCCACCCCACACCAUUUUGAGCAAACUUCCCCGCUGGCGGCCCUGCUGAGUGGAAACCCACUUCCGGCCGAGCCAGAGUCCGAAGCCAGCCAGGAAUCGCACGGUAGCGAUGAGGAUGCAUUACUGGACGAUGAAGAGGAACACGACGAGGAAGAGCACGAGAUCGAAGACGAGGAUGAAUCGGAGGGACGCGCCCAACAGGACGAUGAACCCGAAAUUGCCGAAGAACCUCUGCAGCAUGAAGCGGCGCAAGUACUUGUCCAUCACGAUAUCCCGGUCGAGCAAAAGCUGAAACAAAUCACUCGCGAAAUAGAAGAAAUGUCUCACUCCGACCGGGAUGUUGACAAUGGCCGUCAAAGCUUCCUGUCACUAUCGGAUCUCAUUAAAAACAUCCGUCCGGCCGAGAAGGUCGUCCCGCAGAUUGAUUCCUCUUACUCGAACACGAUGCGCGUUCUCGGCGAAACCAUAACCAAUGGCGAGAGUCGAUCGGCCAAAAUAUAAAUAUCAUAUCAUCACCUAACACACCAUUCCCCAUCCCUAACAUCAAUCAUCUCCGUAGCAUAGAGAUCGUUAGUAUCAUUCAUCAUUAGCUGGCGGGGGGAAAACCGUCAAGUGUUUUCCGCGGGACUACAUGUGGUUCGGACUGCGGCUCUCAAUGAAACAAAAUAAAUGCAAAGUAAUCACAUGGACUUCCCGAAAACACAUACUAUACUUCCGGACGGUUUUUCCCCCACGAGUGGCACAUUCAAAACGAGCGGUCCUUGUUUUAAUUUUCAAAAUAAUCGUUACGAAAUGGCAUCAGCAGGGCAAAAACAUCAAUCAUUGUCACUUUUCGCUGCAAGGCAUCCCCAUCUCAUCUCGUCUCAUCUCAUCUCGAAGCACAAACAAAACAGCAGAACAAUGAGCCAUGAAUGAGAGAAGAGUACUGAAUCUAAUGAUGACUAUAUUUCAUCAUGCGAGCCGAAAUGCGGACGCAGAGAAAUUCAGAAAUCCUUAAAUUAAGUGAGCUAACACCGAUCGAACCACUCCUGUUGCUUCUAUUUGCUACGCAAGGAAACUAAAUUAAUAGGCCGAUAAGAAGAAAACAUUGAUAUCAUAAUAAAGUAGAGAAGAAAAAAAACUGGAAACAUUCCAACACGAGAAAGAUUAGACUGUAUUGAAGACUAGUUUAUAGUGCGAGAUUGAGUGGAGUAUAAGAUUAAAACACAAAACAUUCGACAGUGAUACGACCGACAAACGGUAUCGUUUUAUGAUAACAGAACAAUAAAAGAGAAACUUUUUUUAGAGAAUAAA